AUGGGUCAUCAAAUCAUCUCCAGUGGCUGUCACUCGGCAGAGCGAAAAAAUGGUGACUUUGUAACUCUCCAACGGUUGUCACCUGACAUAGAGGAGCUAGAUGGAGGUGGGGCACAUAUCAGGGAGCUUCAUCCUCAGGUCUGCGCAGUAAGAGGAGGCUCUUCAUCACAUCUGAUAUGCUCUCAAGAGGUGGCAACUCGUCUCCUGGUAGAUUGUCCUCUUCUCGACAAUGGCUUGUUCGUCGAUCAAUCAGAGAUACUUUACUCGAUUGAUUCGCGAUCCUUUUAUUGCGAAUCGUUUAGCAAUUUUAGUAACAAUGCUCCGCAAAUCGCAUUGACGAGACUUUUGCCAAUGAUCCAGCAAUUCUAGCAGCUUAAUCUUUCACCAACGAUCUGUAAGUCGCGAUAAUCAGAUCAAAAUACGAGUUUUGGCUUUGGGAAAAUUCAAACCCGCGCCGAUUGUCUACCUACAUGAGAAAGAUUUAAAUAAGUACUUUAAUGUCCUUAUCAAGUGAUGUCAUCAUGGUAUAUCUUUGUUAUAAAUAAGUGGUAUUUUAGGUAUUAAAAUCAUCAAAGCCUUUUGAGGGAAGGUGUGAUGUGAUUUAGUCUCACAUCGCUUGUGCACUGAAGUUUCAGGUGAAUAUAUAGUAAUAUUGCAUUUACAAGCAAUGAGUCCUUUUCUCCUGCAUAUACGACCACUUUUUGUCUCAUAAUUGGCUGGCCACCGAUGAUGUAGCAGGGGAGUGGCACACAUGUGCCCCCAUUGAUCUUAGCCACUCAAACUCUGCUCACAGGCUCCUCCCUGACUGCGCUUUCAACUUGUUUGCGGGCCUAGCUAGCUAAUGGGUUCCCCUCAUUUUGCUAUAUUUUUAUUUUUAUUUCUUUUUCUUCAUUUAUCUCAAAAAAAAACUAUCAAACUCAUAUAAAUUCGUAUAAAAUCACAUAAUUAGCCAAAAAUUCAUGUUAAUCAAUUAAAAAUCACUUUUCACACUUUAACAUAAAUAUAAGUCUAUUUAUCAUGAGUUAAGACUAAAAUUAUAUUAUUUACUAAUUAUUAACUCAUGAUAAUGAAGACUUAUCAAGAGCCCAUAGAGGAAGACCCCAUAAAAGAAGGUGACAUGACUUAAAUCAUUGUAUAGUAAAUCACGCAAAUUUAAAAUUUAUAAAACUAAGAAAUACUAAUUUAUAGGUAUUUAGAAGUAUUUCUGAAUAAAUAUAUCAAUUAUAAUUCAAUAAAACUUUCAAAAAUAGUGAUAAUUUUCCAAGUCGAUCACAAGGAUGUAAUAUAAUAUUGAGUAAUUAUUGAGAAUUUUCCUUAAAGAAUACUAUUUUUUAUAAAUUUUAUACUAAGAAAUGAAAAUAAAAUAUAUUUAAAAUUCACAAAAAAGGAGAAAUAAGGGUGCGGACAUCAAGAUGACAUCAACGCCCGGUGAACGCCAAUCGGACAGAAAUAGAGUUCCACCUAGUGAUUCUUACGUAAGUGAUUACAAAUAAUUUAAUUCAUCAAAUUAAGAUCUAUAAAAGCUAAAAGAAUCGUAAUUGAAUGAAAUAUAGUUUGAUAAAUUUAAAUCACAUAAAUUAACACUAAGUGAAGUAGAAAUUAAAUUAAAAGUAGGAAAAUAGAGUUCUAGUGUUGUGGUGGCGAUACGUUGACGGUGUAUUGGAAUCCUAAGCAUUCGGGAGGACUGUCGUAUAGUGUCCAUGGCCUCGGAAGCUCUCCUUGGAUAAAGACGACGUGGGCAAUCUCUAGAUCACCUUACGAAGUCUAGAGAUCAAUGAAAUGGGUCAUAGAAUGGUCUCCAGUGGCUGUCACUCAUCGGAGCGAAAAAAAUGGUGACUUUGCGACCCUCUGGUGGCUAUCACUCGAUGGAGAGAAGCUGAAUAAAGGUUGGGCACAUGUUAGGGAGCCUCAUCCUCAAGUCCACACAACAAGAGAAGGCUCUUCAUUGUAUCUGGUAUGCUCUCAGGAGGUGACAACUCGUCUCCCCAUGGAUCAUCCUCUUUCUGACGACGGAUUGUUAGUCGAUUAAUCAAAGAUAAUUUACUCAAUGUAUUUACGAUCCUUUUAUCACGAAUUGUUCAGCAACUUUAGUAACAAUGCUCCGUGAAUCGCAUUGAUGAGAUUUUUGUCGAUGAUCUAGUGAUUCUAGCGGCUUAAACCUUCAUUAGCAAUCUGUAAGAAAGUUGGAAUAAUCAAAUAAAAAUACUAGUUUUGGCUCUGAGAGGAUUUAAACCCACAUCGAUUUCCUGCCUACAUGAGAGAGAUUUAAAUAAGUACUCUAAUGUGUUUAUCAAGUGACAUCAUUAUGGUAUAUCUCUAUUAUAAAUAAAGGGAUAUUUUAGAUAUUAAAAUCUUCAAAAAUAUUCUAGGGAAAGUGUGAUGUGAGUUUAGUCUCACAUCGCUUGUGCACUGAAGUUUCAGGUGAAUAUGUAGUAAUAUUGCAUUUACAUGUAAUGAGUCCUUUUCUUCCGCAUGUACGACCACUCCUUGCCUCACAACUAGUUGGCCACUAGUAACGUGGGAGGGGAGUGGUGCACACGUGCCCCCAUCGGUUCUAGUCUCUCAAGCCUCUACUCAUGGCUCCUCCGCCACUGCACUUCCGAUCUGCUUGCAAGCUCAGUUGGCAGGUGAGUCCCCCCUCUUUUACUAUAUUUUUAUUUUUAUUUUAUUUUCUUCAUUUAUCUCAAAAAAAAGACUAUAAAAAUCAUAUAAAUUUGUAGAAAAUCAUAUAAUUGGCCAAAAAUUCACAUUAAUGAACUGAAAACCACUUUUCACACUUUAACACAAAUAUAAGUUUUUUUAUUAUGAGUUAAGGAUAAAAAUAUAUUAUUUACUAAUUAUUAACUCAUGAUAAUGAAGACUUAUCACAACCCCCAACUUAAAUUAUUGCUAGUCUCUUAGCAAUGGAAUUAUGAAAAUAAAAAUUCAUAAAUCUCAAACAUCAUAUUUCAAUACAUAAAAGAAAUAUAAUUAGAAAUGAUGCACCUUUAGACACUUUGGAUUCUUAUAUUAGUUAUUUAUGAAUGAUGUCAAGCACUUAAAUGUUUAAGUAUUCUUUAGAAUAACAAUCUAGACUUUAUUUUUUUCUAUUCACAUCUUUAUCACUUCUUCACUCAUAGAUAUAUUUACAAGAUAUUUCAAUUAUUAAUACUCAUCCAAAAAUAAUAUUGAUCCUACAUUUCUUUUUUUUCAUAGCUUGAUUUUUGAAGUUUGCACUGUAUUUCUUUUAUAUAUAUAUUUUUUUAAUAUAGUAGAUAAAUAGCUUUUUCUCUAAACAAAUUUUGACAAUAAGAAUGAUGUCUCACACCAUCCAUCUGUACUUUUCAUUUUCAGAGCUUUCACUUUAUCCACUUAUUUUACAGCAAGUGUUUUUCUAUGCACGAUUUUUGGGAAUAAGAAUGAUGUCUCAAACCUUCUAUGUGUACUCCUCAUUUCUAGAUUUUUCACAUUGCUCUUUUUUUUUUCAAAAUAAGUGAUUUCUUCUCACAAGUCCUAUAGAUCAAGGUGCAAAAAUCUACAUUAAACUCAAAUGAUCAAUCAAAUUUUCACAUCAAGUAAAUAGUAUCUAUCAAGAUCAUGAAGUGAAAAUCUAUAAAAUCAAAUCCAUAUUAUCUAUCAUGUAUCCAAGAAGAAUUCCAAUAUUUCAUGCUACUAAAUCAUUAUUUUGACUCAAUAAUAAUCUUCCUAGAAUCUUUUGGUAUCAAUCAAUCUAAUUGAUUUAAUUUUUCGUGCAUGCAAUAUGAUAUAAGAAUUUGUAAAUUAGAUAAUUUUGGCAGUUCUACUUUUUAUUUUCAAUUUUGUUUUUAGCAACAAUAAAUUUUUCAAAACUAAAUCAAAACUAUCCUCUUUAUAGUUGUAAUUUUGAAUUUUAGUAAUAUAUAUUUAGGGGAUUGAAAUGUGAGAAAAGUGUCUCUAGAAUUUUAAAUUUCAAGCUGUUUUUUUGUCUACUAUUUUUUAUAGUCUAUUGUUCUUGAUAGAAAACCAGAAAAUAGAUGUUGUAGUUUUUCCGAAUUUUCUUUUUUUUUAGUUUCUAUUUUAAGUGAGUAUGAAAAAAAAUACAAACACAUGUUCUUAAUCGUCCUACAACAUAAAUUAAGAAUUAAUACUUCACCUCCCAACUUAAAAAUGACAUUGUCCUCAAUGACAUAGAAAAAACAAAAUAGAAUAUACAAAAAAUGUAAUUUUCAAGUGAAGCACGCAUAUAUGUAAAGUUAAGCAUUAAAAAUGUUUUCAUAAAUGAUAAAGCUCAUAAAGAUAUCACCUCAACCUUGUUUUUAAUUUUCCACUUCAUUUUACACUCCUACACUUUUUUGAAAAAAAUAAAUACGGAAACAAGUAUUACGAAAUUCUAAGAAAAACAGAACUUAAAAAAACAAAAUGAAAUAAAGACCAUGGGUUGCCACCCAUGCAACACUGAAUUUAAUGUCUCCACUUGGACACAUUGAUCUUACUUUUGAAUUUCUUUUAAUAAUAAAAUUUCUUUUUCUACAAAGCGUUCAUUUUCUAUGUAAUGUUUAAGCCGCUGUCUAUUUACCUUAAAGUUAUGAUCACUUUUAAGAUCUUUAAUCAUUACAGCCCUAUGAUCUUAUGUCUCUUCAACCAUAUAAGGCCCUGUCCAUUUUGAUUUUAAUUUUCUUGAAAAUAAUUUCAGGCUAGAAUUAUAUAACCACACUUUUUGUCUAAUAUCAAAUUUUUUUCUACUAAUGUAUUUAUCAUGAAAAGUUUCAGUUUUUUCUUGAUAUAUUUUAUAAUUUUCAUAAGUUCAUUCCUCAACUCCUCUAGUUCAUGUAGCUAAAAAAUUCUAUGCCCACCAGUUGAUUUUUCAUCCAUACAUAAUUUUUUUAUAGCUCAUAAUGUUUUAUACUCUAUUUUCACAAGAAGAUAACAUGGCUUUCCAAAAAUGAGACUAAAUGGAGACAUACCUAUGAGAUUUUUAUAAGUUGUUCUAUAAGCUCAUAAUGCAUCUUGUAAUUUUGUGGGCCAAUCUUUCCUAUCUGGUUUAAUUAUUUUUCUCAAAAUUCUCUAAAUUUUCCUAUUUGCUAUUUCAGCUUGCCCAUUUGUUUGGGGAUGAUAUGAAGUGACUACUCUAUGAUGUACUUCACUCUUUUUCAACAGUUCCCUGAAAUGUUUAUUUGUAAAAUGUGUUCUUCCAUCAUUAAUAAUCACUCUAAGACAUCCAAAUCUCGAAAAAAUAUUUUCCUACACAACUUUCAUCAUGAUUUUAUGAUCAUUAGUUCUAGUAAGAAUAGCUUCCACCCAUUUAAAUAGAUAAUCAACAACAAGCAAAAUAUAUUCAUAUUUUUCAGCUAAUGGGAAGGGACUGAUGAAAUCUAUUCCUUAUACAUCAAAAAAUUUGACUACUAACAUGUUACUUAUGGACAUUUCAUCUUUUUUACUCAUGUUACCUAUAGAUUGAUAUGAAAUAUAUGUUCUACUAAAUUCUAUAGAAUCUCUAAUGAUUGUAAGCCAAUAAAAAAUACACUAAAAAAAUUUUGCAACUAUUUUUCGUUCAAAGAAAUGUCCUCCACAAUUAGAUGAAUGGCGCAUGUUAAGAAUGCUAUGUUAUUCUUCUUUAGGAACACAUCUCCUUAAAAUUUGAUCAUUUUCAAGUAAUAUAAAUCAAGGUCAUGCAAAAAAUAAUUUCUAAUCUUAGAAAAUAAAUGAUGUUUUCUGUUCUUAUCCCACUAUUCUGGAAUUUUUCUAGAAACCAGAAAAUUAACAAUAUGUGCACACCAUGAUGAUGAUUGAUGUUGAGCUGCCAUCAAUUGUUCAUCUAGAAAUAUGUCUUGUAAAAGUGCUGCAUUUAUUCCCGUAUCACUCAAUCUAGAAAGAUGGUCAGCAACAACAUCGAAACCUUUUUUAUCUUUUAUUUUUAAGUCAAAUUCCUACAAUAAUAAAAUCCAUCUUAAUAAAUGUGGCUUUACAUCUUUCUUAUUUAACAAAUAUUUUAAUACUGCAUGAUCAAUAUAAAUAACAAUUUUAGCUCUUAAAAUAUAUGAUCUGAAUCUUUCUAACUAAAAUACUACAGCUAACAACUCUUUUUUAGUUGUGAUAUAAUUUAAUUGAGCAUGGAUAUAAUUUUACUAGCAUAUGAAAUUACUAUGGGUUUUGACUCUUUUGUUUGUUCUAGAAUGGGCCCCACUGCAUAAUUUGAUGCAUCACAUAUUAUUUCAAAGGGAAGGGACCAAUCAAGAGCUUGUAAAAUGGGUGCCUCACUAAGUAAUCUUUUUAUUUCAGAAAAAGACUCAAAACAUUUCUCAUCAAAAUUAAAAGGCACAUCUUUAGAUAAUAACAUGGCAAGAGGUUUAGAAAUUUUAAAAAACUCUUCAAUAAAUUUUCUAUAAUAACCUACAUGACCCAAGAAAGAUCUAAUUUAUUUUACUGAAUUUAGAGGUUUCAUUUUAGAUAUAAUAUCAAUUUUUACUUUAUUCACCUCUAAACCCCUUUCACUCGCAAUAUGACCCAACACAACUCUCUCUCUAACAAUAAAAUGUGAUUUCUCCUAACUCAAAACUAAUUUUUUCACUAUACAUUUCUCAAGUACAUAUUGUAAAUGAUUUAAGCAUUCGUCAAAUGAUUCACCAAAAAUAGAAAUAUCGUUUAUAAAAAUUUCCAUGCAUUUUUCAGUCAUAUCAGAAAAAAUAGACACCAUACAUCUUUGAAAUAUGGCUAGAGCAUUACACAAGUCAAAAGGCAUGCAUUUAAAAGCAAAAGUACCAAAUGGACAAGUGAAAGUUAUUUUUUCUUGAUCUAAAGGGUUUAUAUAAAUUUGAUUAUAAAUAAACCAUACAUCCAUAAAUCAAAAAAAGUUUUUUCAAACUAAUUUUUCUAGAAUUUGAUCAAUAAAUGAUAGGGAAAAAUGAUCUUUUUUAGUAACUGAAUUUAGUUUUCUAUAAUCAAUGCAAACCCUCCAACCGUUAAUUAAUCUUGUUUCUAUUUCAUCUCCAUUUUCGUUUUUCAUAAUUGUGAUCCCUGACUUUUUUAGCACCACUUGUGUAGGACUAACCCAUUUGCUAUCUGAAAUAGGAUAAAUAAUAUCAGCAACUAGUCACUUUAAAAGUUCUUUUUUAAUAAUUUCUAUCAUGUUAGGAUUUAAUCUUCGUUGCAGUUCCUUGUUAGUUCUAGCCCCCUCCUCUAGAUAUAAAUACUAUGCAUGCAUACACUCAUAUCAAUGCCCCUAAGAUCAUCCAUUUUUCGGUCAAUAGCCUUCUUAUUUUUUCAAAGUACAUCUAAUAAUUCUUCUUCCUAUUCAUCACUCAAAUCAAUUGUAAUAAUAAUAGAAAAUGAAUUAUUUUCCUCCAAAAUUAUAUAUUUUAAACUGGAGGGAAGAGGUUUCAACUCUAAAUUUAGAUGAUCUUCCUCUUUCUUUUCUCCCAAAUUUAUAUUCUCUAUUUCCUCUAAUUUUUUCAGCGCAUAGUUAUCAAUAACAUCUAGAUCAUCAAAAUCAUCUAGAAGAUCUAUGGUAUGACAAUCAUAUUCUUGGGAUUUCUUAAGAUCAUUUGAUGCCUCAAAAAUUUUAAUUUCUACUAACUGAUCUUCACAUGAAAUUUUUGCAAUACCUGUGGAAAAAUCAAUAUUCAUUUUUGCUGUAUACAAAAAUGGUCUCCUUAAGAUAAUUAGUGUAUCAUAAAACUAUCCAUUAAAAUCCAUUUCCAGCAGUACAAAAUCAACUAGAAAUUUACACCCUUUAACUAUUACUAUCAUAUUUUCUAAAAUACCUUUAGGAUGUUUUAUGGAUCUAUCAGCAAAUUGUAAGAUAACAGUAGAAGGUUUAAGAUCAAAAAUAUUAAAUUUAUCAUAUAUACUUAUUGGUAAUAAAUUAAUACUAGCACUGGUGUCAAGUAAUGCAUUCUAAAAAAUAGAUCCACCAAUAUCAUACGAAAUUAAAGGGGCACUAGUAUCUCUCAAUUUAUAUGGUAAUUGAUUUAAUAAUAAAGCACUAACAUGCAUAGAUAAUUUUUCUACUCUAAGUGCCCUUUUUUAUGUACACAUUUCUUUCAAAACUCUAGUAUAUUCAGGAAUAUGUUCAAUGGUAGUAAAUAAAAGAAGACUAAUUUGCACAUCUUGUAAAAUUUUCUUUAUUUCUUCACUGUGUUCCUUUUUCUUUCUUUGUCUAAGUUCUAGACUUUUGGAAAUGAAGUGGUUCUCCUCUCUUUAGAAAUUUCCUUCAUAGAAUCCAUAAAAUUCUCUUCAUAGAAAUGUCCACAUUUUCUUUUUCUUCUAAUGUUUGGGGAUAAGGAUCAGGGAAAAUCUUCCCACUCCUUAAUACAUUCGUUGUCCUAGCAUUUUCAUUUCAUGAGUUUUUUUCUAGAUUCAUGCUACUAGACUCCAAUUGCUAAAAUCCUAUUGUUGGAUAGUUCCCUAGAUUUCUAUGGGCUGACCAGGUAGUUGUCCCUCUUCUCUCUUAUUCUUAAAAGCCUCUAUAAUUUAUUUCUACUGUAACAUCAUUUGAUUCAUAGUUUGUUGCAUCAUUUGGCUCAUUUACUACAUCAUUUUCAUACUAUCAAGUUGGGUUUGAGAGGGUUGAUUUUUUUGAAAUCUGUUUUCCUAUUUUAGAUGAAACUUAGAGUUUGAAUUAGGUCUAAGUGCUUCUGAAUUUUGAAUAUUAUUUGGGUCCCUUUAAGAAAAAUCAUUCCUCUAAUUAGGAUUAUAAGAAUUUGAAAAAGGCUUCUUAUUUCUAUUAAAACCGUGAGCUACUUGCACUUGUUCUUCCAUAAGGUGAAAUGAUUGAUCUAAAUUAUAGUAUUGAAAUUUAGAAUAAUCAUUUUCACCAUACAUAAGAUAGGUACUAUUUGAAUUAAAUUGAGAGUUAAGAGGCUUUCUAAUAUUGUCAAUAAGUAAAUCAAGUUUUUUAAUCUUUGAUUAAUCUAAUUAACCUUAUUUCGUAAAUUACAAUUAUUUUGAUGAUGUAAUUUACAAAUUCCUCUCUUCUUAUUUCUAUCAUAUAAUUCAAAAGAAGCUUGAUCUCUAGAAUUUUUACUUAAAUUAUCAUAAAGAUUGUAAAUCUCAUCAGGAGUUUUUUCUCCAUAAAAGCUCCUCCACAUAUAGAAUCAAUCAUAUUUCUAUGUUGUUUUAAUAAUCCAUGAGAAAAAAUUCUAUUGAGUUGUCACUUAGGUAUAGCAUAAUGAAGACACUUUCUAAAUAAAUCUUUGAAUUUUUCUCAUGACUCAUGCAAAGUUUCUCCUAGUCUUUGAGAAAAACUCUAUUUAUAUUUUCUCAUAUUUUGAGUUUUUCCUAAGGGAUAAAAUUUUCAAAGAAAAGUUUAUUCUAUGUCUUUCCAAUUAGUUAAUUCUAUAUCUUAUGUGGAUAGCCAAUGACUAAUUUUGUCUCUAAGUGUAUGAGAAAAUAAUUUCAUCUUAAUAAUUUUUUAUGUACCUUGAGAGAGAUUAACUAAAUCACAGAUCAUAUGAAAUUUUUUUAAGUGCUAAUAAAGUUUCUCUAAAAGUAAUCCAUGAAAAUUAGGGAACCUUUGAAAAUUUUCUAAAUUUAUUUCAAAUUUAACAAUGGAUGCUAAUAUAACUCUAAUAUUGGAUGCUCUUUGAAAUGAAUCAAGGAUAUAAUAAUUUUUCAUGACCAUAAGAUUGUUCUCAAUUUGACUUGUACUUCCUUCAUAAUCCAUCAAAAUUAAUUUUUCUUUCGGAUUUUUAAUUUUGAAUAAAGAAAUAAAAGGAUUUUCUAGCCUUAGAUGCAAGGAUAUUCUACCAUUCAUAAAUAUCAAUAAAUUCAAAGUAACAUUUUAAUAAUUGUUACCCUCUUUCAGUAUGUUCCAAUACUUGCCUUGCUUCUCUUCGUUCCUCUUUUUUUUUAAAAACAUUCGGCAAGAAGAAAAUAAAAUAAGAGUUAAUUUAUUUUUUUUGUAUACUCUAAGAGAAAAAUAGAAAAAUAGUAAAUAUUCUGCAAUACAUCCAUGGCAAUGGUGCCAAAAUUUAACAUGACUUAGUCAUUGUAUAGUAAAUCACGCAAAUUUAAAAUUUAUAAAACUAGAAAAUACUAAUUUUUAAAUAUUUAGAAGUAUUUCUGAACAAAUAUAUCAAUUAUAAUUUAAUAAACUUAAAAAAAAAUUAAUAAUUUUCCAAGUUGAUCUUAGGGAUGUAAUAUAAUAUCGGGUAAUUUUUCAAAAUUUUUCUCAAAGAAUAUGAUUUUUUAUGAAUUGUACACUAGGAAAUAAAAAUAAAAUAUAUUUAAAAUUUACGAAAAAGAGAAAUAAAGGUACAUACAUUGGCAUGACGUCAGCACCUGAUGAACGCGAAUUAGGCAAAAACAAAGUUCCUCUCGGUGAUUCUUACGUAAGUGAUUAUAGAUGAUUUAAUUGAUCAAAUUAAGAUUUAUAAAAGCCAGAAGAAUCGUAAUUGAAUGAAGUAUAUCUUGGUAAAUUUAAAUCACAUAAAUUAUCACUAAAUGAAGAGAAAAUUAAGUUAAAAGUAGGAAAAUAGACUUCUGGCAUCGUGAUGGUGAUGCGUCAACGAUGCUCCAGCAUCCUGAGCAUUUGGGAGGACUGUCAUACAAUAUCCACAGCCUUGAAAGCUCUCCUUGCAUAGAGAUGAUGUGGGCAAUCUCUAAAUCUUUUUGAAAAGUCAAGAGAUCAAUGAAAUGGGUCAACGAAUCAUCUCCAACGACUAUCACUCGGCGAAGCGAAAAAAUAGCAACUUUGGGGCUCUCUAGCGACUGUUACUCGACGGAGAGGAACUGAAUGAAGGUUGAGUGCGUGUCAGGGAGCUUCAUCCUCAAGUCUGCAUGACGUCACUCAGUUGUUGUAUAUUAAAUCACGCAAAUCUAAAAUUUAUAAAACUAGAAAAUAUGAAUUUUUAGAUAUUUAGAAGUAUUUCUGAAUAAAUAUAUCAAUUAUAAUUCCAUAAAACUUUGAAAAAUAGCGGUAAUUUUCCAGGUCAAUCAAAGGAAUGUAAUAUAAUAUCUGGUAAUUAUUCAGAAUUUUUCUCAAUAAAUAUGAUUUUCUAUAAAUUUUAUACUAGGAAAUAAAAAGGAAAUAUAUUUAAAAUUCACAAAAAAGGGAAAUAAGGGUGCGGACGUCAGGAUGACAUCAGCACCUGGCGAUCGCGAAUUGGGUGGAAAAAGAGUUCCGCCCAACGAUUCUUACGUAAGUGAUUACAGAUGAUUUAAUUCAUCAAAUUAAGAUCUAUAAAAGCCAGAAGAAUCGUAAUAGAACAAAGUAUAUUUUGAUAAACUAAAAUCACAAAUAUUAUCACUAAAUGAAGCGUAAAGUAAGUUGAAAGUAGGAAAACAGAGUACUGGCGUCGUGACGGCAAUGCAUUGGUGAUGCACCGGAAUCUUAAGCGUUCAAAAGGAUCGUCGUGUAGUGUCCACGGCCUCGAAGGCUCUCCUUGGACAAAGACGACGUGGGCAAUCUCUAGAUCUUCUCGCGAAGUCUAGAGAUUAAUGAAAUGGGUCGUCGAGUCGUCUCCGGCGGCUGUCACUCGACGGAGCAGAAAAACGGCGACUUUGCGGCUCUCUGGUGGCUGUCACCCGAUAGAGAGGAGCUGGAUGGAGGUGGGGCGCGUGUCAGGGAGCUUCAUCCUCAGGUCCGCGCAGCAAGAGGAGGCUCUUCAUCGCAUUUGGUACGCUCUCAGGAGGUGGCGACUCGUCUCCCGACGGAUCGUCCUCUUCCCGACAACGGCUUGUUUGUCGAUCAAUUGGAGAUGAUUUACUCGAUGGAUUCGCAAUCCUUUUAUCGCGAAUCGUUUAGUAAUUUUAGUAGCAAUGCUCCGCGAAUCACUUUGACGAGAUUUUCACCGAUGAUCCAGCGAUUCUCAUUGCUUAAUCCUUAACCGGCGAUCUAUAGGAAAGUCACGAUAAUCAGAUAAAAAUAUAUGACUUUUGACUUUGGAAGGACUCGAACCCGCACUAGUUGCCCGCCUCUUUUGAGGAAGGUGUGAUGCGGGUUUAGUCCCACAUCAGUUGUGCGCCAAUUUUUCGGGCGAAUAUAUAGUAAUGUUAGAUUUCUAAGCAAAGUCCCUUCUCUCGUGUGUACGACCAGUCCUUGCCCCACAGCCGGCUGGCCACCGGUGACGUGGAAGGGGAGUGA